ACUCUGUUGUAUAUAUUGUGGAUGAAGAACAGAACAAGAAAGAGCAAAAACAAAAACGUCUGCAGCGUCAGAAAACGCCCAUUGCCAGACGUAAAGGAGGGAACCCUGAAUGGAAUCACCUGUUGCACUUCGAUCUCAGAAGCUUAUGUCACGACCACCGUGAUAAUCUUUUCCUCAGGUUCGAUUUGCGAUGUGAAGGGUUGGUAAAUAGAACUAUUGGCGAAGUUCGGGUUCCAAUGAAGGUCCUCAUAGACGAGUUCGAUAAGGCUUUGAGGUUUGUGAGUUAUCAGGUGAGAAGCUGUGAUGGAAAGGCUAAUGGGGUGCUGCUGGAGGAUGAUGAUGAGUACUCAGGGAGCAUCAAGUAUCCUUCCCUGGAUGAUUUUUACUCUCCUGCUCCGCAACAGUCUUAUUGCCCUUCUCCUGUGCCGGUCUUAGAUUGGCAGAGACAUGGGUUUUACAGACCAUCCCUGGCUGAGGUACCACCGCCUUACUGGGUGGCCCACGGAGCCUACUCAGCAUCAAUUCCACAUGGGUUUUGCAGAGGUACCACCGCCUUACUGGGUGGCCCAUGGAGCCUACUCAGCAUCAAUUCCACAGCCUCAUGGACCCUAUUACUCCGGUCGACACGGACACCAAGGAUUGGGGAAAAUCAGGGGUUAGAAUAGAUGGUUUCCCACUCUGUUCUUGAAUGCGUUAAGGAUCUUGUGUCAUAUGCUAUUGUAGUAGUUUCGUUUUAGUUGAUCAUAUGCUGUAUUUACCAUUUAAGGCUAUAUUAUUAAUGUCC